AUGGACUUGGAUAUAUACAACAAUGAUGAAAGAGGUUUUUUAUAUAUUUUUAGAAAUAUAUAUUUAAAAAAAGAGAUUUUAAAACAUUUAAAUUUAUUUAAACAAAAUUAUAAAGUUUCUUUUAAAUCUUUUAAAGAAUUUAAAAACUAUAAAUAUAAAGAUUAUAUAAUAGAUUUGGAAUGUGAUUUCUAUGAAGGUAUAUCAAGAAUAGAGGACUAUCCAGCAUUUGUCGAGAAUUUAACAUUUGGCGAAAGAUUCAAUAAACAAUUGAAUGAAGGUGAUUUACCCACAACAUUAAAGUCUCUAACAUUUAAGAACUUUUACAAUGAACCUAUAUCCAAAGGGGUAAUUCCUCCAAGCGUCGAGAAUUUGUCUUUUGGUGAUUUAUUCAACCAAUCUCUUGAUGAUGCAUUUGGUUAUAUGUUUAAUUACCCUGUUGGUAAUGGUUUAAUUAGUUUACCAAAUUUAAAAAAACUCUAUUUUGGUUACAACUUUAAUCAAAAACUUACCAUUGGUGAUAUUCCAUCAAGUUGCAAAGAUAUUAAAAUGGGUGCUAAAUACAAUCAUCCAUUAUCUUCAGGUAUUAUUCCACACGGAGUAGAGAUUUUAUUCUUUGGGAGUGAUUUUAACCAAGAGAUUCUUGAGGGCCAUAUACCCAGUACCGUAAAAAUUCUUAAGCUUGGUAAUAGCUUCAAUCACCCUUUAUCCACCAACUGUAUUCCUACAGGAUGUGAAACAGUUAUUCUAUCCAACGAUUUUAACCAUCCUAUAAAAAAAUCCGAUAUACCAUCAACCUGUACAUCAUUAGUUUUUGGGAAAAGUUUUAAUCAAAUUAUAAAAAAAAAUAGCUUACCAUCUGGAAUACAGAAUCUUACUUUUGGUCACAACUUUAAUAAAAAAAUUGAAAUGGGAGCUCUUCCUUCUAAACUAAAAUCUAUAAAGUUUGGGUUCAAAUAUAACCUUCCUCUUACACAUAACCUAAUUCCACCCAGUGUUACAUCGAUCGAAUUUGGUUUUUCUUUUAAACAAAUUCUUGCUGACGGAGAUAUUCCAAAUUCUAUAAAAGAGAUAACCUUCUAUAAUGAAAAAACCAAUUUUGACCUAUCCUCAAUCCCCUAUUCUACAAAAAUAUAUGUUGGUUGUUUGAAAAAGAUUAUAAAUUAA